CAAAGCGUGUAAGGUGGUGACACCGUGACAACAAGUCACAAUUCUUGAAAUCGAAAAUGGCUGACUCUGGGCCCAGUAAAAGCGAUAUUGAAGCGGUAUUUCAAAGAUUGCGUUCCAUUCCCUCGAAUAAAGUAUGCUUCGACUGCAAUGCGAAGAACCCUACGUGGUCGUCAGUGACGUACGGUGUCUUCAUCUGCUUGGACUGCUCGGCAGUUCACCGCAGUCUCGGUGUUCACCUCACGUUUGUUCGCUCCACACAACUCGAUACUAAUUGGACAUGGAAGCAGUUGAGGAAUAUGCAGCUUGGCGGAAAUGUCAAUGCGACACAGUUCUUCCGUUCACAUGGACUAGCAACAGAGGAUGCAAGACAAAAGUAUAAUUCUCGUGUGGCGCAAUUGUACCGCGACAAACUAAGUGCUCUGUCUGAGCAGGCUAUGAAGACUUAUGGGACAAAGUUGCACCUGGAUCCAGCACCUACAGAGACCAAGGACACAAAGGAGAAAGAGGUAGACUGGUUUGCAGAGCAUGGAGAGCUGUCUGACACUAAUGCUAAUGAUAUUGCACCACAGGAUAUGACACGUGCAGGCGGCGCUUUAAGCUCAGCGGCUCGCUUGUGGGGCGCCGACACGUCGCACGCCAGCACGCAGCAAGCUGCUACCGCACGACGACCCACUCUGGGCGCACGAAAAGGAGGCCUCGGCGCGACCAAAGUGGCCGCCAACUUCGACGAUAUCGAACGAGAGGCGAUCAUGGCCGAAAAGCUCAAAAUGGAGGCGUCGUCGGCGGAGCGGGCGGACAGGUCGGCGACUCUGGCGAGCGUGGAGGCGGAGGUGGCGUCGCUGCGUCUGGCCUACCGCGAGCCGCGCGACCGCAGCGACCGGCUCGGCAUCGCCGGCGCCAGCCGCGCGCGCCCGCUCGGCGUGUCGCACUCGGCCGCCGGCGACAUGACGGACAUCGCGCAGGAGGACGCGCCCGCGCCGCCCGCGCACGUCGACGACCUCGACGACUUCAACAACGUCUUCGUCAUGAUCAGAAACGAACCGUACAGCAGCAACCGAGGGCUGGAUUCGUUGCUUAACGAGACCCCCGGCAGGAAAGUGGACAAUGAUUCGUGGGAGAGCAUCGAGCCCGAGCCGACGCGCGUCGUUCGCAGCAUGUUCUCGGAUGAGCCCACCGCCGCUCCCGCCCCCGCCUCCGCACCCGCCCGCAGUCGGCCCUCGCGGAAACAGGAGCCCGAGGAUGACUCGGCGGUCAAGAAGUUCGGAGCAGCCAAGUCGAUCAGUUCGGCGCAAUUCUUUGGAGAGCAGGAGCCGCGCUGGGGCGGGCGCGACGGCAACCUGUCCCGCUUCGAGGGCAGCAGCAGCAUCUCGUCGGCGGAGCUGUUCGGCGACGCGCAGGCGGCGCGCGCGCCCUUCGCGGUGUCGGCGCCCGACCUGGACGAGGUGCGCGAGUCCGUGCGCGCCGGCGUCACGCGCGUGGCGGGCCGCCUGUCGUCGCUGGCCAACGGCGUCGUGUCGUCCAUCCAGGAGCGCUACGGGUACUGAGGCGGGCCGCCGUCCGAGCGUUACCGAUGGAUAUCUCUAUGUGAUUUUACGAAUACCGAGCGACCGCCGUCUCGUCGUUUCUUUGAAACUUUACUUUUGAUGACGAAUAGUUCAUUAUAUUUUAUUAACGUCGUUUGAAGGAAUCCGAUGAGUCAAAUUUACUGCAUAUUAAGUGACGAGGCGUAGUCGACGACCUGACAUUAUAUAAAACAUAUAUUUGAUGGAAAUGUUUGAUUUUGAUGUUCCUUAUACUUAAUUGCCGGAUUCAUUUUUAUAUUAGCUUACGAGCACUGAUCUUUUAUCACUAAUGAGACAAUCUGGAUAAAAUAUUUAAUAAAAUACAUAAUAAUGCUUUAGAAAUUAUUGUGAAACAAUUAUAUAAAUAUAUAAUAGAGAUAAACAAUAAAUAACAAUUGCUAGUGAAUAGGUCAGAAGUUGUACAUAAUGUAUUAUAUAAACGUUUCUAACAUACAGUGUCCUAGUAGCGAUUGUACAGUCUUUAUAUACAGCUUCAAAUGGGAGUUUAUUAUAUUCUGCAUAGCAAAUGUUUCAUACCAUGUCGGCCGACGUAUUAAUACUGUCAGUACUCUUCACUGGCUUUGUUUCGUUUGACAUUCUAAAUUAAUUUAGAUAAUUAUUUAAAAGUAGCCUCUAAUAUAGAUUGUAUAUUCUAUGCCUUAAGCACUUUUCAUUUGAUCAUGAAUUCUCAAUGCACUCGAUUUUGUCCAAACAUUUCUUCAAAGUCCAGCGCCAGAUGUUCUACGACGGUCAGGCAGGGUUGCGUGCAUUUGCAUAUGUCUGUGUUUACCGCAGUAGUCGCACUCGUCGACUGACGCGAAUGUGUGGCGCCGGAACAUUUUAGACUUGUAUGUACAGGUCAUGGUCUGAGGUCAGUAAUAGUGAUAUGGUUAGGACAUUCUCAUGUAACUGCUUGCAUUCCUACUCUUUUUCGGUAUUUUUUAUUAGUGGCGCACAAUUGUCCGUUUCACUAAGUCGCAUUUAAUAUUGUAUUCGAAGUCGUUUUAUUAUCUGUAGGACUACGAUAGAUUAAUGUUAUUAUUAGGUAAAUUUAAUUUAGGCUUAAAUAGGCUUCCAAAUUAGUCCUACGACAAUUUAUAUAAAUGCAGACAAUAAUUUAACCUAUCGUUGUCCAUCUGUAUAUACACGACUUUGUAUCGACAGUUGUAACAAAUUCAUGUUUUUAUAAAAAUAUAUUCAAACUUUACUAAGUCAUAUUCAUUAAAGCUCGUUAAUAUUCGUUAAAAAACCUCCGUCUCGUUUUUUACAGCGUAGCGUAUAACAUUUCUUAAAGCGUAGUGAAGCAACCCUAGACAGCGAUAUGACACUAUUUAGUUUUUAAUGCCCUCGCAACACUUCACUUUACACAGGUAAUAGCUUCCCGAAUGUCAUACCUCAACAAAGAUUUCAUUAUAGUUAUAAGUUCUUCUUCAUUACUUAAAUAUAAUUUUAUCAUAACAUUUGUGUCAAUAAAGGAUACGAAAACAA